CACGAUCAGCUGAUUGGCGGACGGCGAUUUGGGCGCGAAACGCAGGUUGGAAGGGCCAAUAAAACGCCGAUCGAGAUAAUUUUGCCGCGUAAGGAGCUCAGUCUUUCCUAUUUCGUUCGCCGAAACGGAGUUGUCUGUCAUCGCUAGUCUCGACGCUGGAAAAUCUGCAGCUAUUAAAAACAGGAUGGCGUUGCUCGAAUCUACCAAGGAAAACGUCCGCAAGCACCUCGAGGAUGUGUCGUUGCACACAUCACCAAAGAAAUCAUGUAUAUCACCAACUAUAUCUCAGGACCAUGGAUUGAAAAAUGGACUUUCCAAGACAAAAGCCGUGCGAGAAAUACAAUUGAAGGAAGAAUUCAAUCCAGAAUUGGAACCACUUCUUCAAGAAGGCCCAAAUCGCUUUGUAAUUUUCCCCAUUCAAUAUCCUGAUAUUUGGGAGAUGUACAAGAAGGCAGUGGCAUCCUUUUGGACUAUAGAGGAAGUACCUCUUCACAAGUUGGAUAAAAAAGACUGGGAAGAGAGGCUUAAUUCUGACGAAAGAUACUUUAUCUCUCAUGUCUUGGCAUUCUUUGCUGCUUCUGAUGGAAUUGUUAAUGAAAAUUUGAUUGAGAGAUUCAGUCAAGAGGUGAAAAUCGCGGAAGCGCGUUGUUUCUACGGCUUCCAAAUCGCCAUAGAGAAUAUUCAUUCUGAGAUGUAUUCCUUGCUUAUUGAAACUUAUAUUACCGAUCCAAAAGAAAAAGAUUUCUUGUUUAAUGCAAUUGAGACGCUUCCUUCUGUGGGAAAGAAGGCCAAUUGGGCAUUAAACUGGAUCAAUCACGAGAGCGCCACAUUUCCUGAGCGUGUAGUUGCGUUUGCGGCGGUUGAAGGUAUCUUCUUCAGUGGCAGUUUUGCCUCAAUUUUCUGGUUGAAGAAACGAGGAGUUAUGCCAGGUCUCACUUUCAGCAACGAACUCAUCUCAAGAGACGAAGGAUUACAUUGCGAUUUUGCAUGUUUAAUGUUUAAACACAUUGUACAAAAACCAUCAUUUGAACGCGUGAAAUCAAUUAUAAUGGAUGCUGUAGAAAUUGAAAAGGAAUUCUUGACACAAGCAUUACCAGUCCAAUUGAUAGGAAUGAAUUGUACACUCAUGUGCAACUACAUUGAAUUCGUCGCGGACAGAUUGUUCGUCGCAUUAGGGUUUGAAAAAGUUUAUCACUCGGAGAAUCCGUUCUCGUUUAUGAACUUUAUCUCCCUGGAAGGCAAAACAAAUUUCUUUGAAAAGAAAGUGGGUGAGUACAAAAAAUUCGGAGUCGCGGAGGAAGGUUCUCAAAAUAAAAGCAAUACAUCGGGUGUAGUAUUUAGCGCAAAUUUUUAACGUAAAAGAUUUUUUUGGAUGAAUAUUGUAGAAUUAUAUAUUUGCUCCUAGAUGGAGAAAAAAUGAUGUAUAUUAAUGAUCUUGAUAAUGAUUUUGGAAUAACUUUGUAUUAACAAUAAGUCUAAACAUGAUUGACAAAUAUUUUUAUGACAGAUAGAAACUUGUAAAAUAUUUAAGAUAUUAAUAUUAAGAUAUAUGCAUAACCCCUAAUGACAUUAAUAAGAAAAGUAUUGAAACUGCAUUUUUUAUUAUAUAAUUACAAUUUUUAAAAUGCUCUUUUUCAAUAAUAUGCUAAAAAAAUAUAACGUGUUUAUAUAAUUUUAUAUUUAAUAUUUUUGUUUUUUUUUCGCAAUGUAACUAAUUAACAAAAAAACUUUCAAAAAAGUAAAGGCUACUAAUUCUAAAAAGUUGCAGCUUUGCGAUUACAAUACUUUUCAUUAGUGUCAUCAUUAUUUGACAAACUUUUGAGAAACUGACCAUUAUCUUUAACGUAGACUUAUUAUUAAUUAAAAUGAAUUCUAUGUUAUUAAUAUAAUAAUGUUUAUUGCAAUAUCUAUGGCACUUCAGAAAAAUUUCUUUUUAUGAUUUGAUAAUAAUUUAUUUUAUAAUUGAACAAUUUGAUGAAAAAUAAUAGACAUUAUUAUUAUAUUCUUUAUUUCUCAUUCAGGAGAAUUAAAAAUAUUAAAUAAUAGUUUCUGUCAUAAAGUGCUAUACUUAACGAUUUGAUGUGUAAAAAAACUGUAUAUAAAUUUGGAUGGAUAGUUAUAUAAAUCAAAAUCCGUUACUUUAGAACCACAUACCAAAAGCUGGUGUUUAAAACAGUAUUUAUAUGAAUAAGUCUUCACAUGAAUAUGUAAUAGUAAUGCAGAAAUAAAUUUGAUUGUAAAA